AUGCCGCCGAGGGUGAGGUUAACAGAGGCCGAUGUUCGACAACAUGCGGCACGGAAGAGGCCGGCGCAUGGAGUUGAACCAUCACGGCCUCCCAAGAGGCCACAAGUAGCACCGCCAAGCAAGCCGGCGGCGGCGGGAGCGGAGCCCAGCUCUGAACGGGCGUCGGAUCGGGAGCCGAUCAUCGCACUGUUGGUGCCGACAGUGCCCACUGAAGCCCCAUCCGAGGAGCGGGUGGCCGAGGAAGCAGCCCCGUCCGAGGGAACGGUCGAGAAUGCACCGGCCGCUCAGCCGACAGAAGACGUUCGGGCAGAGGCAG